GCGGACAGAUCUGACGCCACAGCUUAAGGAGAAAAUGAGAAUCGAUUCGAUGCUAACCUCCGGCUCCCGGAGCUCGCACUCGACACACAUGGACCACAUGCAGGCGGCUAUGGAUCCCAAACUGACCACAAGAGUCAAGUUGGAUGACUGCGGAGAUGUCCUCCAAGACGCACCCGAAGCUUUCGCUUACAAUCUGCUCCUCUUUUGCCAGGGAUUAGGACUUUUCUCAGCUCUUCCAGUCUCACGUCACGGCUCUAUCUGUGCCUAAAGUUUGAAACAGUUUUGCGAUAAUCAUUGGACACAAACUGGACUGAGAAAUGGCAACAAUUUUUUUCGUAUGAAUUUAAUCGAUGAGUUUAUAGCCUGUGGUAAUAACGUCUUAUAACG